CAGUACAGGUAUAAUGUGUUAACUGCAGUGACUUGUAAAGUGGUUUUCCCAAUACCUAUCGCUUUGUCAAGGAGUAUCGUAAUAUCAUAGAUAAUCGCACCUUUGCAUUCGGGACUGAUUAUAUUGAGUUGAAAAAGAGGGGAUCAUCUUAGACUGUAAUUUUAUAAAGGCACCGACCAUUCAUCUUUUGUGGAUAGAGAAGUUGCACAUGCCAUCAUGGAACAGAUAAUGAUCAACAGUAAUGAUACUGAGAGUAAUAUGCAGAGUGCUUAUCGGUAUCUCCAGAGAAAGCUGCAGUACUUCUACAAAAUGUUAGAGGACCAAUGCAAAAAAGUGCCGAACGAUGCACGACAGCUAAGAUACUGCAAAUACAUAACAAAAUUUGCCUCUCAUUUCGGGAAAGAGUGGUGCAUGGUGGCGGGGAGCACGACAGAAGGAACCAGACUGCGGUCAAAUAUGAACGAAGGAGACUUUGAUUAUCUGAUCAUUUCAGGGGUAUCUAUACCCACAGACGCUUUGGAACACAGAGAGGACCUUCCUUGUUUUGUCCACAUCAGAGGUGACAAAAUUCAACAUUCAUUUUCUCACAAUUUGGUAGACGGGAAAUACCUGCACAGCCGUAUUCUAAAAGAAGUCGACAGAGAGGCAUUUAAAAUAAUGCGGGGGCUAUUCCAGGUCUUUACAAUGCCAUUUGAUUCUAAGGGUAAACAUUCUCAUGAUGUUGACUUCAACCGUGAAGCUAAACCUGGCAUGUGUAAAGAACACUACGUUGGUUUUCAGUUGGUUGGUGAAGAUGCCGAUAAUAUAAACAUGAGAAAACAGGACACAGACAUGAGAGCUACGAAUAAUUAUUUCCAAUCAGUAAUGGACUCAAGUGAUUUAUCUCCCAGUAUGAAAUCACUUCUUACCAACCUUCUUAGUAUUCUUGCUGAAACAGAACCAAACGACGAGUCAAGUACUGCGAUGGGUCAAACAUUUGGUGGGUUAAUCGAAGGAGCCAUCUUUGAUUCUGCAAUCGACAAUCCGACGUCUUUUCAACCGAAAAGAAACAAACAGAGUACAGAGGAAAACGACAGAAAUUACAUUGAAGAUUCAUCCAGCAAAAAAGUAUGCCGGGUUAAAUUCAACUACAAGUCCAGCAAAGAUUUUAUUGCUGCAUUUCCUCUUGAGGGAAAACUCAAAUGUCUGGAAGAAUGGAGACUUCGGAUACUGACCAGCGACAAAGUAUUGUGGCCGAGUUCAGAAAUCGUUGAAAAAAUCUGUCAAUCGGAGGUGUACGUUGUAGCCAAGCCCGCAAUUGUUAAACCUUCUGCCGAUAUCGAUUUUUGUCUGGGCUUCAAUCAGGCGGAACUUAUCCUAGCUUCUGACCUUAGUUCUGAUCAGAGACUAUGUGUCCUACUUCUUAAAGCCCUCCAGAAAGGUUACCUUAAAUAUUAUUCUUCAUUACUUACCACUUUUCACUGGAAAACUGCCUUUUACCACCAGUGUGGACAAAUCGAUCCUGCUCUGUUUGAUCGUCAUUCCACAAUAUUGUUAGCCCUUGAAAGUGUAUUGGCCUACAUGAUAGAGUGUUUAGACAGAAGAUAUCUCAAGCACUAUUUCCUAGAGAGCAAUUUAAUUGCUCAUUUAACUGAGACAGAAGCCAAUGAAAUCAGAGAGAAGAUCAAAGAAACUAUUGCAGAUCCAGAAGCAGCUCUCCAAGUGUAUUUCGAUAUGAAUAAAGAAAACGAAAGCUCAAAACAAGAAGAAGAGAUUUCUAUGAAAGAAAUGGAAGAAAUGAAGAAACGAAGAAACGAUCCGUCUAAUAAAAAACCAGCCGACAAAAUAAUUAGCAUGAUGACAGAUUUACAGAGAGAGGCCUCCAGCAACGAUUCUAAACUCACACACGCUAUUAUGGAUACGUUAUAUUUGGUAAUUGAGGAGGAAACAGAUAUUCCAUUUGUUAGACCAAAUACCACACAGAAGCAGUGUAGCCUGAACGAUCUCUUGGCACAUGCUACUAGUUAUUCCACAACAAACUUUUCCUCACGGAACGAGAAGAAAAGGGCAUUGGAAGACUUAAAGGCGAAGGCGUUUGCUACAGUUCUAUCUUCUCAUCGUUCUAAGUGAGCGUGAACUUGUUUAGAAUUUGUCGGCUAUUCAACAUACUGUAGCGUUAUAUAAACUAAUUUAUGAAUAACAUUUAGAUUUCUUAAGGAGUAUUAAUAUGUAAUUAUUCGACUAGACUCCUUUCAACGUUUCAUAAAUCAGUCGACUAAUCUAUAUAUAUCUGACUAUGUGAUACAAGCAUGCACUUUUUCAUUGCUUCGGAUUUCGUUAAGUGAGUGUAGGAAUUUUGUUAAGUUGGCUUUAAAUACUUAAGUACCUGUCUUUAUAAAAAUCAUGCAGAGGGUGAUUCAUGACAUGUCACAGAAGUAAUUUGUUUUGCCUUAUAUCAUAAGAACUUUGGUAAAUAAGUAAAAUUCUGUCUUUAUUUUCCCUGUAUAAUGCCCGUUGCCAUGGUAAUCAUCAAAUCAAUAUUUUGCCUGAAUAUGUGAAAAAAGACCCUUUUGAAAAUUUAAAAUAAGGGAAUUUAAAGUCCUAUGGAAAUUAAGUUAAUCAAUAAAAACAAUUAUGGUUUUUACAUUGUUAAUAAACAAAACCCCAAACUUUUCAAAAACGUUAAAAUUUUGAAUUUACUAAUUAGUUUGUUUCCAUCGCAACCAUUUAAAAAUGUGUUAAAAUUCGAAAAUGAAAAAUUUCAAAAACUCUGAAAUUUUAAUUCUGUUUAUCUCCCAAGACCAACAAUACCAUGACAUGUCAUUGACAAAUUUUGAAAGACAACAUUCUACAUAUUUAUAAAAUAAAAAGAAAGUCGUGUGUUUUUUUUCUUUAAAACAUAAUUUUAAUCAAAAAUUGUCAAUUUUCACCAAAAUUCAGAUUGCCAAACAGAUGAAUACUCAAAGAUUUUGAACUAAAAAAGCUAAAAUAUUCCAUUUUUAUGUGCAAUUCUGACACACGCUUGUUUAUUUUAAACGAGAGUAUAUGAUAAAUGAAGACAUACUUGUACAAAACGAAAACUCAUCACUCUGGGUAUGGUGCACCCCCCCUUUUUUUUGGAAAAAAAAAUCAUUUUUUUUCAAAAUUAUAAAAUUUAUUAAAAAUUUAAAAUACGGUAUUUAAUUGUGAACAUUUUGAGCAUUGAAGCAUAAAAUUUCUUCAAAGGGUUAAGGCAAUGAUAGUACCCCUUCCCCAUUUUUAGAUAUUAGACUUUUCAGGAAUGUGGAAUGUGUCAAAGAGAUACAUGUAACAACCCAACCAAACUACAGAAAACAGCCGAAAGGCUGAUGACUGAAUGAAGGAGUGCUGCGUCCAUAAAUACACUUGUUUUGUGCAAAUUGAAAUUUAAAAAAAAAAUCUUUACAUGUCAUUUCGUGGUCUUGAAAAUUAGCCUCUGUCCAAGUUUCAUUUCAAUCUAUGUAAAAAAAACUUACUCUAAGACUGUCUUUAAAUUUUAACUCUAAACAAGAGGCUCUCAAGAGCCUGAAUCGAUCACCUGUAAUGGUUUGGUUAAAUCUUUCAUCAGUGAUUAUUCUUGCUUUUCAAUAUAUAUCAAUGAGUGGCUUAAAAAUUCCAUUUAAAUGUUCUUUGUAUCUGUCAUAUUUUCUUCAAAAGCAAAAAAAUGCAUUUUACCUCUAUGUUCCAUUUUAGCCAUAGUCGCUAUGUUUUUUUUUAGCCAUAGUGGCUAUGUUUCUUGAAUUACAAGGAAAUUUCUUUAAAGGGCAAUUACUCCUUAAGGGGUCAAUUGAUAAUUUUAGUCAUAUAAACUUAUUUGUAGAUCUUACUUUGAUACACUUUUUUGAUGUUUACAGUUUAUCUUUGUCAUUAUUAAUAUUCAAGAUAAUAACCAAAAACUGCAAAAUUUCCUUAUAAUUACUAAUUUAGUGCCAGCAACCCAACAAUGGAUUGUUAGAUUCAUCUGACAAUUUUAGGGCUGAUAGAACUUGACCCAAUGAACAUUUUUACCUACAUCAGAUUUGCUCUAAAAGCUUUAGUGUUUGAGAUAAAAGCCAAAAACUGCAUUUUACCCCUAUGUUCUAUUUUUAGCCAUGGUGGCCAUGUUUUUUUUUACAUAAUAGAAACUGAAACACAAACUUUAUUCUAAAUAUCCUAAGAAUCAUUCAGUCUAAGUUUGGCUGGAAUUGGUUCAGUGGUUUCAGAGGAGAUGUUUGAAAUAGUUUUAAAACCGGACGGACGACGACGUACGUCAAGUGAUGACAAAAACUCACAGUUCCUUUGGAACGGUGACCUAAAAAACUACGUCCGUUCUAUCAGAAAUAUACUGACAAUGAAAAAUAAAACAAGAGGCUCUCAACAGCCAAAAUCGCUCACCUGUUAUUUUUUGCUUAAAAUCUUUCCACAUAGUGACUAUGUUUCUUGACGUACAAGGAAAUAAAAUACAAAAUUUAUACUAGAUAUUCUGAAACUCAUUCAGCCUAAGUUUUGCUGAAAUUGAUUCAGCAAUUUUAAAGCAAGCAAACUAGAUGAACAAAUUCAGAAAAAUUGUCUUUAAAGGGCAGUAACUCCUUAAGGGGUCGAUUGACAAUUUUGGUCAUAUUAACUUUUUUGUAGAUCUUACUUUGCUGAACAUUUUUUGCUGUAUACAGUUAUCUUUAUCAUUAAUAAUAUUAAAGGUAAUAACUAAAAAUUAAAAAAAUUUCCUUAAAAUUACCAAUUUAGUGGCAGCAACCCAACAAUGGGUUAUUAGAUUCAUCUGAAAAUUUCAUGGCUGAUAGAACUUGACCUAAUAAACAAUUUUACUUCA